GCCUCCCCCGUCGUUACAAUUUCCACCCCCAAACAUUUCCCUCAAGCUCUCCUAAUCCAUCGGAUAAUCACACGUGCACCAAUAAGCACUCGCGUGCCAGAUCCGACCUUCAAUCGGGCCUUUUCGCUCUUCAGGUGGGCCACUACGUACAACAACAGACGGGUAAAAUGAACUAUUUCAACCAUCCAUUUACUCCGAGCAUCGCCCACAAAAGGAGAGCGACGACACGACUUUACAUUCCUGUUGAUCAGACUAGUAUGGCCCACCUGACACGUGGACUUGGGCUCUACACUCGUGUGGGAUUAGUUGUCAGAAAGGAAAAACCUCCGUCUCUUUAUAAAAAAGGCCCUUUGACGUAUAUCCCUCCCACCUCCGAAAGGGAUCAGGGAAAGAUGAUGGCGGUGGCGUCAGAUUCCGGCGGCUCGGAUCUCUCGUCGGUCCUCCUCCCGAUUAAAUCGGAAGGCGAGGAGAAGAUCGGGAUCGACGAGAUGCUACAGAGAUUCUGCGGGGAGUUCGGGCCGUGGCAACUGAGGCACUUCGUUCUCACCAGCUUGGCUUGGGCGCUUGAGGCUUUUCAUACGAUGGUCAUGAUCUUCGCCGAUCGCGAGCCGGCUUGGAGAUGUACGGCUCCGGGUGGUCUGCCAGGUUGUGGUGGGGCGACGGUCUGCGAUUUGGUGCCGGGCACGUGGGAGUGGAUAGGUGGGCCAGGCGUCUCGACGGUGGCGGAGUGGGGGCUCGUGUGCGGAGAGAAGUAUAAGGUCGGCUUGGCUCAGUCGGCUUUCUUCGCCGGAUGCAUGGUUGGUGCCGGCGUGUUUGGUCACCUUUCCGAUUCCUUUCUUGGACGUAAAGGGUCUCUAACCAUCGUCUGUGUCAUGAACCUCAUUUUCGGUUGCCUAACCGCAAUCGCACCAACCUACUGGAUCUACACACUCCUCCGCUUCCUCACCGGCUUCAGCACUGGUGCCGUUGGCCUAUGUUCAUUUGUCCUAGCCACCGAGCCCGUGGGUCCCACCAAGCGAGGAUUAGCUGGGAUGUCCACAUUCUACUUCUUCUCAGGUGGGAUAGCAAUACUAUCAGCAAUGGCUUACAUCUUCCAGUCAUGGCGGCACCUCUACAUCAUCUCAUCCAUCCCAUCCCUUCUCUACCUUGUUACAGUCAUCCCAUUCAUCCCCGACUCACCGCGAUGGUACCUCGUCCGUGGAAACAUUGAUAAAGCCAUGAAUGUAAUGCAAGACAUCGCCAAGUGCAAUGGGAAGCGCCUCCCUGAUGGAGUAUCACUGACAUUGGACGACGCUAGUUCACAAAAAUGUGAUGACCCAACAACUGAAACAGCUAUCUUAGGUAGCUCUCUAAUCGACGUCGCCCGAUUACCUCUCACUCGAGUGCGCCUAAUCCUAAUUGUUAUCAUCAAUUUCCUAACUUCAGUAGUAUACUAUGGCCUGAGCUUAAACGUCGUCAACCUCGGAACGAACAUCUACAUCAACGUCGCCCUUAAUGCAGUAGCUGAAAUGCCAGCAUUCGCACUAACAGCGUGGCUGCUGGACAUUUUUGGGCGGAAGCCAUUAGCCAUUGGAACAAUGUGGUUUAGUGGAGUUUUUUGCAUUGUGGGAAGCUUGAUUAAGAAUGUGGGUGUUUGGAAGCAUGUAAGAAUGAUCUGUAGCAUUCUGGGGAUAUUCGGGAUGGCCGGAACUUAUAAUUUGCUGUUUAUUUACGCGGCGGAGCUAUUCCCAACAGUGGUAAGGAAUGCUGCAUUGGGGUGUGCAACGCAGGGGGCACAAAUGGGUGCGAUACUAGCGCCGUUGGUGGUGGUUUUGGGAGGAGGACUACCGCUCGCGAUGUUUGGGGUGUGUGGGCUCGCCGGGGGUUUGCUCGCAUUCUACCUGCCAGAGACACUGAAUCGGCCCUUAUAUGAUACGAUGGCUGGAAUGGAAGGUGGUGAGAGUGCAAGGGAAGCAUGAAAAAAAUGGAGCUUUUGAGUAUUUUCUGAGCACACAUCUUAUGUUGUUUCAGACUGGCCCACCUGAUGGAUAGACUCUAUAUUGUCCAGAAUUUUUUUUUUUUGGGUCACAGCAUGUUCCCAGUUACCACAUGGUGAAUGGCCCGGAUCUUGUACAUGAGUGCUAUGAAGUAUUAAUAAAUCCUCUUUCUUCCA